GAUUAUCUUGGCCACGCUGCGCAAGAACCAGGGCGCCCUCCUGCAGCUGAAGGCGAAAGCGUCGAUGCUGCGCAAGAAGGACGGCCACUACGAGCAGCGCGAGACCGAGAUUGGCAUGGCGCAGAAACUCAUGGCUGCAUUUCUCGAGGAUACGGAGACUUCGCUCGCAGAGGCUGCGUCCGUGGAUGCGUCGGAUGACGACGACGCCGCGCUGAAGAUCACCGAGCGGCUGCAGAAUGCGAAGAAG